UGGUUAAGUUGAUAAGUUCAUCAGAGGAUCACGCGGGGAUGCUUAUACUGGUAGCCAAUCGUUCGCUCGUCCGCCGGUCAAUACCCGACCCGCCACUUGCCCUGUGCUUCCGGCCUCCCUGCACUUGAAUAUCUAGGGUUUUCUUCAAUCUAUGUCGUCAUUGCUGAUCUUGUGAAUCGUCAGACUUUUUCUUCUGAAUGAGCCUAACUUGCUGAAGAGAGAUUGUAAAUUGGAAAGAUGUCUUCAAAGAAUUUUCGAGGAAGUGUUGCGGAGAAAUCUUUGUCACGUGAAGAGCAACUGGCAAAGAUCAAUGAUGUUAGAAAGAUGAUAGGUCCUAUUGCUGAUAAGCUUCCAGUUCUUUGUUCUGAAGCAUCAAUAUCAAGAUACCUCAGAGCAAGGAACUGGAAUACAAAGAAGGCUGGCAAAAUGCUCAAGGGAACUUUGAAAUGGACGCUGGAAUACAAGCCUGAGAAGAUCCGAUGGGAAGACAUUGCUGAAGAAGCUAAGACUGGAAAAAUUUAUCGGGCUGAUUAUCGUGACAAGCAUGGAAGAAUUGUUCUUGUCAUGAGACCUGGAUUUCAGAAUACGACCUCAACAGAAGGCCAGAUCAGGUAUUUGGUUUAUUGCAUGGAGAAUGCCGUAAUGAAUACAAAUCCAGAUCAGGAACAGAUGGUAUGGCUGAUAGAUUUUCAACAGUGGACAAUGUCCAGCAUAUCUGUGAAGGUCACCCGGGAAACAGCCCAUGUCUUGCAGGACCAUUACCCUGAGCGACUAGGACUCGCCAUCCUCUAUAAUCCCCCAAAAAUAUUUGAAUCAUUUUGGAAGGUGGUGAAACCAUUUCUUGAGACCAAGACAUAUAAGAAAGUGAAGUUUGUCUAUUCAGAUGAUCCACAAAGCCUGAAGCCGAUGGAAGAGAUUUUUGACAUGGAUAAGCUGGAAUGCUCUUUUGGUGGGAAAAAUACUGCUGUAUUUAAUUAUGAAAUUUAUGCAGACAGAAUGAAGGAGGAUGACAAGAAGAUAACUUUUACUGCUUCUGGUUGUCCUUCGCCAAUUUAUCAACAUUCUAUUGAGGCUGCAUCACAGCACACAGAGUCAAUGGCUUUAGAGAAUGUAUCUGAUGCUUCUGAUGAGGAUGGACACUCGUGUAGUGACGAGCUAGAUAAUUUAAACUUGGAGAGAGUUGAUAAGAGUACACAAGGUGUGGGACUUGGUUGCACGGAAGUUGGAAAUGAUGAAGAAGAAGUCGCGAGGGAAACGAAAACAAGUGAACUGACUUGAUUGUGCAAAUUCUGAUAGUGUUGAUUACAAAAGGAGGAGCCAUAAUGCUUGGCCUUGUUAUAUCUUUAUGUAUAUGCAAUUAAUGUAUUAUGUCUGUUGCUGAAUAAAUGGAAUAAAAUUCAUGGCUGCAGUCUGGCAGUGCCAACGCGGAAUUUGUUCAAGUCUGUUGAUCUUCCUGUAUCCACUGCUCAAUCUCCUCUGCUUUCAAAUCUUCUACCUCCUCUGCUCCUAAACAUGGCUGUUGAGAAAAGCAUAUACUGCAUAACAUAACUGAUGACUACAUGUAUUCCUGUUGUAUUAAUUAAUUUGCUUAUUUAUUUCAUUUGAA